GAAAAUCCAGCUAGAGAAGAAUUUAGAAGAAGAGCGCCAAAUAUUACUGCAACAGCAAAAAUUAUGUCGAAAUCGAGCACGUAAAUAUUUUGUGGAAUCAAACCGGAGAAAAAAAGCUUUUGAAGAGAAAAGAAAAGAACAAGAAGAAAGAGAACACCAAAUCAGAGAACAAAUACUUCAACAAAGAAAGCAGAAAUUUGAAGAAGUUACUGAAAAAUUCCAGCGUGCCCAUAUUCCUCUUUCACAGCGGAGAGCAGCUUUUCAAAAAACAGUUCCUCCAUUAGAAGAGGCUCUCAAACAAAUUCAGGAAUCCAACUUAAAAUCAGAAGUAAACCCUCCCUUUUCCCACAAACCAACAAUAAACUGGAGAGCUGUAAAUUCUGCCUUGCCUUCAGCAUUGCCAAAAGAUAAUCAUAUGCAACAGAAACAUCUCUUAUGCAAAAUUAAUCAUGGUAAAGAAAUGAAGGAAAAUAGCAGGGCAAACUUGGCUACCAACAAAAACAUGUUCCAGCGUAAACUGGAAGAAACUCAGAAACUCUUAGAAGACCAGCAUCUAAGCAGUUUGCAAAAAUUUUGUGAUGAAGUUAAUCAGAUAACCAAUUCUGAAACCUUGUCGAGCAUAGACAGUCUUGAAGCUGGAGAACAUGAAGAAAUAUAUUUAACACUUAAUAAGGAGCCUUCUACACCAAUCCAACAGAAUUCCAUUUCCUUCAAGUCAGCAAAUCUACAGUCAGCUAAUGUAAGCUGCUUUGAUGGAGAUAAACUGUCAUCCUCCAAAACACAACAUAUCAAUAAUUGGCUUACAAAUUUAGAUGUCCCAAAUACUCAGACUUUCACACUUUCCUCAGAUAUUUUAAGUAAACCUACUGUUCUACCAUCAUGGGAACAUUUUAAUAAAAAAGAAAAUUUGUCUACUUCAAGAACCAUGGAAAGAUCCACAAAUACUGCUAAUAAUUCAGUAAGCUUCAUAUAUAGUCCACCUAUAUUUGUACUAGAUAAAAAAAGUGAGCAGACCCCUGAUACUAACGUCACAAAGACAACUGACUCCACUGCUGAAGCAUUCAAAAGGGAGAAAUCCUCAGUUACUGAGAGCCCAACAUUUAAAUUCAGCAAAUCCUGGACCAUUCCAGAUUCUCUGUCACAGGAAGUGGCUAUACUUUCCGACCAAGAGAAAUACUCCGAAUUAACUCAAGAAACGAGAGCAACUUCAACUCCUACUUCAUCUGUUCCAGAGGCAACACCUUUGGUUUUGCCAUCUAAAUCACAAUCAUCUAGGCCUUCAGCAAAGAGCAGUAUAUACAUUAAAGAAAUUGCCGCAGUACAGUGUUCUGAUAAGUUAGAGGACCUGAAAGAUGUUAAAGGGGAAAAGAUAAAAUAUUUUAAUUGUAAUAAGGAAGAGUUACAUUUAGCUUCAGACAAUUUUCAAGCUGCCUGUAUAUCUCACAAUUCUGACUCAAAAGAUAAAAAACAAAAAAUAGCUGAAACAUCAUUGUCCAAUGUGAUUUCUAAUUAUGACUUAGUUGGUCAACCUAAGAAAAUGAAAUACAACAUUCAUGAGAGAAAUGGUGUGAGAUUUCUUAAAAGUAUUUUAAAGAAAGAAUCCAAAUAUGAAUGUAAUUAUCUUAAGACACUAAUUAUAAACCAGGGCUUUAAGUUUGGAAAUCAGAAGGCAGCAGAUAUCAGAGAUAGUAUUGAAUUAACGAAGGAAAAAGGAAAAGAUGCAGAAAUCCCAAGGACUAUUAAAAAACUAAGGUGGUUUGACGAAACUGGUGGUAUAGGAAACAGUGCUGAAGACAGUCAUUCACUGAAAAAUAGAACAGGAAUGACUCAACAGUGGUCUCAGCAAUUCCAUAUUAAAAGUAGUGCUAGUAGCAACAUAAUUAGUGUUCCUGCUUCUGCUGUAAAUUCUGCUGAGAAAGAGAAGUCAAAGGAUGAUUCUGUCUCUGAUAAUGUCACUGCUUUUGGAGAAUCCAGAACAGACCAUGUGCCUUUGAACUGUUUUAAACCUUCACAUUGUAACUUUACUAAACAAGCUUGGCCAGCCUCAGGAAAAGAGGAAAGUAAAACCCCUCUACAUAAUGGUGAUUCUAACACUCAGAAAGGUAAUCCACAAAGAGGUGGAACUAAAGUAAUUAGAAGAACCGGAUCUGCAAAAGUCCAAACAGGCUUUCUGUAUACCAACAGAAAAGGCACCAUCAUUCAGCCACAGUCUGCAAGCAAAACCAAGGCAUUCAUAGAAGCUCAGGGUAAACUAAUUAUACCUCAUCCUCCUCCUAAACCUCCACUGAAUAUUAAAAGUGGUACAAAUAUGCAGGUGUCUCAGUGUCAGUCAGUAAUGCCUGAUAAUUCUCAAAACGUUAUUACCCGUAACUGUUUUAAUUCAGAACAUAUGCUUCCACCAGAACAUAGUUUGAACCAGUGGAAUCAAGAAAGUGCUCCAUUUUCAGAUGCUUAUUCUGACCUUGUCACUGUGAUACCAUCUCUGCCGUCUUACUGUUCUUCUGAGUGCCAAACUUUAGCAAAAAUAAAUCAUCCAAAUGAUACUCAGACAGUUACCCAGCAAGAUGGAACAUUGUAUUGCACUCAAAGAAGUCCUGUUUGUGAAGAAAGUUGUCAGACUUUCAAAAAUAUUAAAGAACAGUCGGUUUCCUUGUGGAAAAAAGAGCAUAAUGUCCUGUGUCAAAAUAAGAAGGCUAUUGAUUCUACCAUUAAGAGAAGAAAACGAAUUGUUGAAAAUAAACAAAGAAGUUUUUUAGAACAGAAAAGACAAAACUCUGGAUCUGUAGGACAGAAGUACAAUGAACAAACGGAUAAUUUUGUCCAGAUAAGUCCAGGUGAGCCAAAACGAACUACAAGAGGUCAUUGUAAUACUGAAGAAGUUUCAGAUAGUACUUCUGAGUUUUUAAUGGCUGAAAACCUCACGAAGGCUUCAAUGUCUGAAGAUGAAAUUCUAACUGUCAUAAAUAGCAAACAACUACAGAAACCAAAUCUAGUUUUAAAUGAGACCCAGCAAUUUAACAUAUGUGCGUUAUCAGCUGAAGAACAGAAGAUCCUUCAAUCUCUUAAUCAUCUCAAUGAAAGAUUACACUAUGUACAAGAAACCAUUUGCCAAAAUUCAUCCAUCAAAAAUACUUUACAAAUAAUACCACUUCUGACCAACCAACCAAGGGCCAAACUAUCUCGUGAUGUUGGAUCCAGAUUGCAAAGAAAAUACUGAUGAAGUGUAACAGUAACUAUUAAAUGGAAUCAUUAUUUUUGAGAAUCUCCUGUAAAUAUAUUAUUAUAUUUCUCUAUUUAUUACUGGUUUAAAACAUGAUAGCCAUAAAAUAAAGGUAAACCAUAACAACUAAUUGAGAUGAAUUGACUG